GCAUCACAUCACGAUGUCGUCUUUCCUAGCCCGCUUGACCUCGGCUCUCGCCCUUCAUUCUUUCUUUUCCUCCGCGGCGCCAACUACUAACGAUAUGGCUACGUGCGCUGCUGUUCGUGCUGCGGCCGUCUUUGCCAACCACGGCGCUGGUCCGUUCCCGAUCCUCAAGCCGUCGACGGACCCCAACCACGGCCCGACGCGUCUCUUCCUCGAGACCAAGAUCCCGGAGCUUCUGAGCCUCAACGACCCGACCAAGCGCCCGAAGGCCAUCGUCAUCGUCACGGCGCACUGGGAAGAACCGUUCGUGGCCAUCUCGUCUGGCGCGUCCCACGACCUCCUCUAUGACUACUACGGCUUUCCCCAAGAGGCCUACUCGCUUACGUAUAAGGCACCAGGGUCGCCGGAAAUCGCGCAGAAGAUCCACCAGCUUCUCAAGGAUGCCAACAUUGUUUCGCGCCUCGACCCGACGCGCGGUUGGGACCAUGGCACGUUUGUACCCCUCAAGCUCAUUCAUCCGGACGAAGAUAUCCCGAUCAUCCAAGUGAGCGUCGUUGCGGGCUUGGACCCGAUUCAUCACUUCAAGAUCGGUCAAGUGCUCUCCGUGCUUCGCGACGAAAACAUUGCGAUCGUCGGGUCCGGUGCGACCUUUCACCCGAGCCGUGGCACGAGCGACCUUGAGAACAAGGCGCGAAAGUUCAACGUGGCGCUGACCGAGGCGGUGUUGGAAGCGGACGUUGAGGACCGUCGCCAGGCGCUAGCCAACUGGGCGACUCUCCCGCACGCGCGCGACUGCCACCAGCGCGAAGAGCACUUGAUCCCGCUGCACGUGAUUGCCGGUGCUGGCGGCGGCGACAAGGGCGAGGCUUUCAACGUGGACAAGGGCAUGUAUACCUCGUUCGCGUGGCGGGCUUAAGAGCGCUUGACGUCCUUGCUGUGAUAAUGAUGAAUAGUACCACG